GCUUGGGAACGCACACGGUUCAGGCAGGAAGACAGAGAAUUCAAUUCAAAUUCACGGUGCUCUGCGUGAAGAACACCAGCAGCCAUGUCGUCGUUCGCACCGACUUCUAGCGAGACCGGGGCAGGGAGCAAGGACUAUACUCGCUUUAAUUCAGCAGAUGCCGAGUUUUUUCAGGGUAUUAGCAGAAUCGAGUACAAGCCCGACUCAAAACCAGACGAAACAAUGUGUUACAAGCAUUACAGUGCAUCACAGGUGGUGAAAGGCCGUACGAUGGAAGAGUGGCUGCGCUUUUCCGUCUGCUUCUGGCAUACUUUUAGAGGCACAGGUGCAGACCCGUUCGGCUUUCCCACACUGAUCAGACCGUGGGACGACGGGAGCAAUACUAUAGAGAACGCCAAGAGACGAUUGAGAGCGGCAUUUGAAUUCUUCACCAAACUCGGUGUGAAGUACUGGGCCUUCCAUGACCGAGAUGUGGCACCAGAGGGCGCUACACUUGAGGAAUCGAACAAAAACCUUGAUGUCAUCGUGGACUUGGCACAAGAGCUGCAAACGAAAACCGGGGUCAAAUUGCUGUGGGCGACAUGUAACCUUUUUGCUCACCCAAGGUAUAUGAACGGUGCCGCUUCAAACCCAAGUGCCCACAUAUUUGCCUAUGCGGCGGCCCAGGUGAAAAAAGGCCUGGAAAUUGCUAAGAAACUCGGAGCCGUAAACUUCGUAUUUUGGGGAGGCCGUGAGGGCUAUCAUACCCUCCUCAACACAAAGGUACUUUCUGAGCUGACGCAUUUGGCUAACUUCUUCAAAAUGGCUGUGGCAUACAAAAAGAAGAUCGGCUUUACAGGUCAACUGCUGAUUGAACCUAAGCCUAAAGAGCCAACAAAACACCAGUAUGAUUACGAUGCCAUGACAGUAAUUGGAUUCCUGAAGCAUUUUGGGCUUGACAAGGAUUUUAAGAUCAAUGUGGAGCCUAACCACACGACCCUGGCUGGCCAUUCCUACGAGCACGAUGUGGUCAUGUCGUCCGCGUUUGGUAUGUUAGGAUCCAUCGACUCCAACACGGGAUCCCCUGACCUGGGCUGGGACACAGACCAGUUCCCAAUGGACAUCAAGAACUGCACGCUGGUCAUGAAGACAGUUCUGGAACAAGGUGGCAUUGCCCCUGGUGGACUGAAUUUUGACUGUAAAGUCCGACGGGAGUCCACUGACCUGAGGGACAUGUUCAUAUCCCAUAUCGGUGCCAUGGAUUCCUUUGCCAGAGGUUUAAAGGCCGCUGCGAAGAUUUUGGAAGAAGGUGUUCUGGAAAAAUACGUCAAGGCGCGUUACUCCAGCUAUGAGAGUGGAAUUGGCAAGAAAAUUGACGAGGGAACUGCAACCUUUGAGGAACUGGAGGAGUUUAUCAAGAAGAACGGUAACCCAGUGGCCGAAUCUGGCCAACAGGAACACUAUGAGUCUGUCCUUAACUAUUACGUGUGAACAAUCAGGAAACAGCUGUUUUACUAAACAGAAAGUUAAUCUUGUUCCAAUCGUCGAUACUAAAAUGAUGAACAUGGCUGAAGAAGUAAUUGAGACUAUCAUAAUUCAUGAAACUAUUUGUUAACCGUGAUUUUCUUUGUCCAGGUUUGGGAUGCCAAUUAUUUAUGUAUGAUUAUAACUGCUUUCCGUUGGUAUUGACUCCAAAUGUAUGUUCGCCCUAGAAUUGUGACCUUCGCGGAAAACAAACACGGUGAUAAUGGGUGAAGCAGACCCAUUGGAUCAGUUGAAAAACAAGAUGAAAGACAAGUCCCUGUAUGACCGGGAUACAUGCACUUUACAUUGACCAGAUAACAUACAUGUUCUCAUCCAGUCCAAUCGAAGUCCACCUACUUUAUGCUUGACUCUACAGCGUAGGGGACUUUUCAUUGUGAUAUUCAAAUACUGAUAUAAUAAAAUGAGAAACCAA